CCGAGGUCCAGCGCUUGCAUCUGCAGCUGCUUGCCGAGCCAUCCUCACGGGCCGAACCUCAUUCAACUUCGAUGCGCAGCUCGCGUUAAAAAUCGACAACGCCGACGACUCAAGAGGCAAUACACAAUUGUCUCUCGCUCUUUGAUAUGCCGACAUGGCCUCCCAACCACCGUCCUCGCCUCGACCUCCUCCCCACACCUCCUCCCCCUACCCGUUCGCCGCCGCCCCCGACAUCAUCCGCGCUCACCAAAAAGACGCCUACUUCCAAGGCAUCCUCAACAAUCAACUCAGCGACCUGCACCGUCGCCUACGCGGUGCCCGCUCCGCCCACGCCUGGGCCGCCGAAACCCGCACCUUUGCCGACGUCCUCUACCACUGCCUCACCACACUCCUCGGCAACCGCACCCUGGGCGAAGAGUACUGCGACCUCGUCCAAGUCGAAGCCCCUCCCCAACAACAACAACAGACCACCACCUCCUCCACAACAACAACAAUCGAAGCCGAACCCGGCCCAAGCGCAGGCCCAAUCCUACCCUCUUUAUACCGACGAGCAGGCUACAUCGUCACCUCCAUCCUCCUCCCCUACCUCGCCUCGCGGACCCUGCCCCCGCUCCGCUCGGCCCUGCGCAAGAGCUUCCAAGCCCGGCUGACGGCGCUCACCGCACAGGGGCGAGACGAGAAGGGCGACAAGUCCGGGUCGCCGAGCAUCGAGUACCGCGUGCUGCGGUACCUGCUGGCGCACCUCACGCCCUUGACCAGCGGCACGCAUUUCCGGGCCUUGACACUCGCGCUGUUUUACUUUACGGGGGCGUACUACCAGCUUUCGAAGAGGGUUUGGGGGUUGCGGUAUGUUUUUACGCGGCGGGUGGACGAGAAUGCGCAAGGGGCGGGGGCUGCUGGGGCGGGGGGAAGGGCGGGGUAUGAGGUGCUGGGCGUGUUGCUGGUGGCGCAGAUGCUGGUGAAGGGGUUUCUGCACGUGAGGCAGCAGAUGAGGGCUUCGGCGGGGGUGGUGUCGGAGGUAGGGGACGAAGGGAUUGUUCAGAUGUUUGGGCCUGGGGCUGAUGUGGAUGUGAGCUUGAAUGAGCAAGCCUAUACGAGCAAUAAUGAGUUGCUCGGCGGCAGUGGCGGGGCUGGGUCGCCGCAGAGGAGCUUGGGCGAGAUUGGGGCGAUGGCGCACACGCCUGUUCCGAAGGCAGGCAGGGCGCGGUACGAUCUGGGGAGGGGGGACAAGGUGAUGGGAUGGAUCAAGGGGGCUCAGCAGAGGAAGUGCACGCUGUGUCUGGAGGAAUUAAAAGACCCAGCUGCGACGCAGUGCGGUCACGUCUUCUGUUGGGCGUGUAUAGGAGACUGGGUACGGGAGAAGCCUGAGUGUCCGCUGUGUAGAAGGGAGGCGAUGCUGCAGCAUGUUUUACCCCUGCGAGCUGCAUAGGGUAAAGUUGUGUGGACUACUGUACCUGACUACAUCACGAAUGUACAUCAAGCUGUGGAUGACGGCCACGUAUGAGUGAGCCCGAUUAUGUACUGGCCGUUGUCGAGUACUUGUACGAUGACGGGGUUCGAAAACUUGACGUUGUUGGUAUGUCUCGAGUUGAGAUGCUUCGGAAAAGGUUACGUCUUUAGAGGCGGUCACCCCGGGCAGGAGCUCCUGGUAAGGUUCCUAUGCUCAGCAUCACGAGGUUACCAGUUCGAAUCCUAGUUGCCCCGGUGUACAAAUUGAGCGCCACUCCCGGGCCCCCGGCCUCCGCGAAGCGAACCCUC